GUGCCUGGUCGAUCGCACGACAUACAUCACACGCACACGCACACGGAAAGCAUAAGCAUAAGCAUAUCUACCACGCGGGGGCCCAAGGCGACAGAACGGCAUUGAUUGACCCAUGCAGUCCUCACAGCCCAUACAGGCCUCCCGACCCUCCUCGAUAGAAUAGGAACAGAAAGAGAGAAGAGGGGAAGAAAAAAAAGGAAGGAUGGCGGCUUUUGUGCGCGUCUCUGGGUCGCCGAAUAGUAGUUUCUUGGUUGGUUAUCCGGGGAUAUCGGCGACGCGGCCCCGGAUAGUGGGCAAGGUCGAGAUCAGACCUCAGCAGGGCAUCAGUGCCCCGGUACUCAUUUCCCUCGUUACGAUAUGUCUGCAGCGUCGCGAAUCGAUACACCCGUCUGCCGAGUCAGUGACGAAGAGGCAUCUGGCGGCGCCGCGGAAGGAUAUAGCUGAUACGGUCGGGAAGGAAAUGCUCUUAUACCGGUGUGCGACUGGCAGGGAAUACGACAGCGUUCUGGUGAUGGACUUACCAUUCAUGAUCUUUAUCCCGUUUGGCAGGGGUGGCGAAGAGGUGGCGCGGAGGGUACCACCGGCCAGUCUACAGCUUCCGUCCAGGACGGUGGAGACCUUCUACGAGCUCGUCGUCACCAUUCAGCAGGGCCCGUCAGAGCAGAAGAAAUACGCAUUCCCGGUACCAAUAAUGAGAUACGAUACUCUCUCCACCUUCGGCAUGUACAACCGGCCUGAGUCCGCAGAGGUCGUCUCGGAUCACCUGGUGACGUUGGGCAUUUCCCUGCCGCGGUGGUCCUACGGGCCUGGCGAUCCUGUCAGCGUCUACAUAAAGCUCAGCCCCAACCCGGACUGGAUGGCGAAGGCGAAGAAGGUUACGAUACAGAAAAUCACCGUCGCGGUCGAGGAGGAAGUCAUAUACAAUCACGAGGGCGACGAGCCGUCUCGGAAAGUCCGGACGUUUGCAAAGACAACACAGGCCAUUGGAGUCAAGAUGCCAGAGGCCGGCUAUUUUACGAAUGUGGGAUUUGUGUUCCCGGCAAAGGAUCUACGCGAUAGUGAGGGUGUGCUGCCGCGAGGGAAGAAGGAGUUUCCGAUGUAUCAGAUCAAUGGCUUCUCAACAACAGGGACGCUCUACAAGAUUGAAUAUUAUCUGACUGUCAAGGCACAAAUGGGCUCGGCCAAAGACAUAGUCCUCCGAAAACCGAUCGUUGUCUGCCCCUUUGAUCACACCCAGUGCAAGGAAGAGAUGGAGGCAAUCGAGCAUGCUGCCAGAGACGCAGCCACCGUCAGUGAGGAUAACCCAAUGCUACCGGCACCGACGAUCAUCGGGGCCGACAACCCACAUGGGUAUCGGGCGCUUGGUAUAGCUAUGGUACAGGGCCAAAGGAAGCCCCUGAUUGAGUGAGCUGACACGACACGCGAGUUGUGAUUCCACAUCAUCAUCGUCACGAUAGCCUCCUCGAAGCAUAUAUAUAUAUAUAUACUAGGGUGGCCUGCGGCCGGCAGACUGCGUGCAGUCUCAAUUUAAGGCACUAAGGCACUAAGGCACGCCGGAAAAUCCACGGCUAAGACGUGCGAAUUUUCAAGCUGCUACCAAACGCGAUACCAGAGGCUUAUAAACCUAUCUCGUCCGUGAGUAUAGCCCUGCAGAGGAUAAAAAGUAUAUGAAAAUACUCGUCGUAGGCAGGGCUACAAAACUGGGGACCAGAUUUUUGAAUUAGGG